AUGAACAGGGGGCUAGAAUUCGAUCUUGUUGUAGCCGUGACUGAUGGCGCAGCCGAUGCAGCAGUGGAUGGCCUCCACGAAAAUACCGAAUUCAAUCACUACGGUUCCCCUGGAAAGUACCCUGACAAUCGCCCACAUGGCUACCCUCUGAUCGCAAGGUUCCCGACGAACGUGUAUUCGAAGAUCUGCCCAACUUUGGUCACAUCCAAGUUAAGGUCUUCAAACAUGGCGAAUAUAUCCAACAUCAAUAGGAAGCUUUAUACAUACUCACCCUCACUGGAUGUUACCAACGGAAUUCUAGGAUAUGAUUUUUGCUUUGCUAUUAAUAAUGGAGACAUGAUUUCUGUACAAGAGCAAAUAAAAAAAAAUGUAAUUAAGACAUUUCCUUUUCCUGAUGUUAGUAUAGGCUAUAAAAAUGUAUCAGAAGGUAAAGUCAAUAUGAAUCUACACAGUGGUUGUGUCCUGUUUUCAUCUAUGUAUUGUUGA